UGUUGACAUUUCUAUUAUAACAUCAUUGAGGCUCUCGAGAAGCGGCUGAACAUUUUUCUGCAUCUGCGUCCACUUUCAUCAGCAAUAACACCUCUCGAACAUUGAACCUACGUACACCGACAUCGGCAAACAGCGUGCCGCCUCUUAUCAUCAACCCCACGACCACCUUCACGACCACACACACACAAACACAGGGCGAUUUUGCGAGUUUCAUCGCCAUGUGCAACUAUAUUUACAAAGAGUUGAGCUGUCAACAUCACUAUCACCUAGUGGAAUCAUGGUGUCCCAAGUACAUUGAGACGCAGAAGCGGUGUCCGCCCACCAUUGUGAGCAAACAGUACUGGGGAGACGAUAUUUGUGCCGCCUGCCGUGAGCGUCGUCAACCAAGCAAAGCACCCUGGGCCAAGAUGAUCAAGCGUCCCUCGUCGAGACGUCUGCCGACCUACCCUUCGUACCCUUACCCGCCCUCGUGCCAGAUCUCUACGCGAUGACUGCGUGUCAAGCAUGCCGACGACGCUUCAACACCGACAACAGCAC